AUGACGACUGCUCGCAGUCCUACACAAUCGCUCCCUUAUCGAACCACUGGCGGCUCCGUAUCUGACGAUGAAGCCGUCCCCGAGACCGAUCCCAGUGACACCACAUCUCUGCUUCUUGAGCGUCUCCGAGCGUACAAACACGCUUGCGGCUAUUUAGAAGCCUACAUUACAGCACAUGAGAAAGCCGAACAUGCCCACGCGAAGGAGAUAGAGAAAGUCUUGAAAAGCGUGUCUGAUCCACUUAAGGAAGGGCAUCAUUUCGACCAGAAGCUUGGUGGAGUAGCUGGAUUGUUCGAAAAUAUUCGAAGCAAUACCCAAGGUAUAUCGAAUGCACAUUUGGAGACAGCGAAGAAUCUAAAGGGUUCUGUGCUACCAAUCUUGGAGAGGCUUCAUGUUGAAAUCAAGAACAAGACGAAAGAGUUGAACAAGGGAGCUGCAAAAGGAAGCAAAGAAGUGGACAAGACCAGAAAUACCACUCAGAAACAUAUCGAGCUCCUGGGCCAACAUACUGCCGCCUUCUCAUCAUCCGGCGGAAAGAUAGAGGCGGCUAACGAUCCCUACAUUCUUAAGCGUGGUGUCAGACACCGAUUGCACCAGCAAGUGUUGAAUGAGAACAACAACAGGCAUGACUUGAUUGCGGUACAAGAUAGUUUCGGUGCAUUUGAAGCACAUAUCAUCGCGACAUUCCAGCAAGCACUUAACUCCUUCCUGCAAUAUGCCGGCGGAGAUCUGGAGAGGCAGAAGGCCAUGUAUUCGGACAUCAUAUCCACAGCUCAGAGAAUUCCCCCAGACUUCGAGUGGCAAGGCUUCAUCAACCGUAACAACAAUGUCCUCAUUGAUCCCUCGGCACCUCCACGUGAUAUAUCGAGCAUCUCAUUUCCAAAUCAAGACCAUCAGUCAACUCAACCUCUUAUUGCUGGUACUUUGGAACGUAAAUCUCGUGUUGCUCUCAAAGGAUAUGAUACUGGCUACUACGUAUUGUCACCAUCGAAAUUCUUCCACCAGUUUGCCUCGGACGAUGAUCUCCGCAAAGAUCCUACACCCGAGUUGUCUCUUUAUCUCCCAGACUGCACCCUUGGAGGCCUCAAUGACAACAAGUUCAGUGUCAAAGGUAAGGAUGUUUCGAAAGGGAAAGUCGGCUCAGCAAUGUCGAUGGCUCAUGAGCUCUCGUUCAAAGCCCACAGCGCCGCCGAUGCCAAAAAAUGGUAUUCUGUGAUCGAAGCAUCAGCUUCUGGUAGUUACACGCCAAGCUCGUCGACGCUUUCCAGCCCUGUGGAAAGUCGGAACGUUAGCGCGCAGCAGCAGCCACCGCCACUGAAGACAAAUCAGCAGCAGACUGGGUACCAGGCAUCUCCGAUCACUCCUGGGGCUGGCGUGCAGCCUGGUAGUGCAGGACCCGGGAAGUUGACAAAUCUGCAAACCUCUGGGACGACCACACCUGGCAGUGUUCCGAAUUCUGGUGUGGAAAGGGCACCUGGUCAAUAUUGA